AUGAAUAAUUGUAAUUCUGGAGGUACGGAUUUUGUAAAGAAACUGUACAAAAUGUUGGAAGAUGAUACAUAUAGCGAUAUAGUUUGUUGGGGAGUUAACGGGAAUAGUUUUGUUGUCAAGGAAAUCGACUCCUUUACGAAAACAAUUCUUCCUCGACAUUUCAAACAUUCUAAUUUCGCAAGUUUUGUAAGACAACUUAAUAAAUAUGAUUUUCAUAAAAUUAGGAAUUCUGAUGAAUCAAUUUCUCCAUAUGGUGAACAGGCUUGGGAAUUCCAUCAUCCAGAAUUUCAAUGUAAUAAAAAAGAUCAAUUGGAUAACAUUAAAAGAAAAGUCACCAACAAUAGGAAAAAUCAAAAUUUAAAUAAUAACACUAUAACAGAUGUCUCUUCACAAAACGUUCAACUUUCAGAACUUCAAUCUCGAAUAAAUAAUUUAACCAAAUUGCAAUAUACCAUGAAUGAACAUCUGACAACUUUAAACAAAAAUUAUCAUAACGUUGUUCAAGAUUUAUUAAACUUUCAAAAAAGUAUGAUUGCUCAAGAUCAAUUAAUGCAUAGUUUAAUACAAUAUGUGCGCUAG